AUGGACGAUGAUGCUGACAAAAAACAAGAAUGCAAUUACGAGGAGGUAAUCUUUUUCAAUGAUGGCUAACGCAAGUGGUCACUAGAGGGAUCACUACAGACAACAUAAGUAGUCGGUUCCUUUCAAGCGGUCAUUAAAAAGGAAAAUCUCUGCUUCAGUUACCACUAAAGAAUAGCUCGAAAAAGUAGAGUCAAUCCUUAUCAAGCGGUCACUAAAGGGGAAAAAUAUUGACAUCGAAGACAUCCUAAGCUAAAUUCAAGUGGUCGGUCCUUUUUAGGAGAUAGCUAAAAACAGAUUAGCUUCACUUGAGUGGCCACUUACGAAGAAUGGAAUACUCGGUUAUUUUUGAGUGAUCACUAAAGAGAAAAAGACUCGCAUCGAAGACCGCUUAGGCUCAAUGGUAAUCUAGAUUAGUUGCUCCUCUUAAGAGAUCACUAAAUAAGUUAGCUUCACUUAUGUGACCACUUAAGGAAAAUAUAGUAUUUGGUUCCUUUCAAGUGUUCACUAAAGAGAAAAAGCUUCACUUAAGUGACCACUUAAGAAAAAUAUAGUAUUUGGUUCCUUUCAAGUGUUCACUAAAGAGAAAAAGCUCCACUUAAGUGAGCACUUAAGAAAAAUAUAGUAUUUGGUUCCUUUCAAGUGUUCACUAAAGAGAUAAAGCUCCACUUAAGUGACCUUCUUCUUUCUUUUCUUCUUCUUCUUACGCCUUUGUACCGCUUGAGCGGUGUCGGCGCCCCAAGUCGAUUAACCGAGGUCAUAUCCUGAUAUCAGUGGACUGGCUCCAGUGACAUAUCCGUCCUUGUGUGUGACGGCUGGGGAUUUUGAAGUCGUGGUCUCCCACUACCAACAUUUCUUAAACCCCUUGGUUGGGUCGGGGCCAUACAUGGGCUAACCAACUACUUUUUGUGACGUCAUCACGUACCCUUCUUGAAAAAGUACGUACUCCCCUCGAAAAAAAGUACGUACCCCCCGCGAAAAAAACUAUCAAUGUGAAAUGAUUAUUAAAGUUAAUAUAAAAAAAUUGAAUGAGACUAUUAUCUUGUUUCGCGGGCUUUUUGGAAAGUAUAUUCAGCUAGGUGUCAAUACUCCAAAACAGAAAUAUUUCAACUUUUAGCGUAGACCCUCAAAAAUCCGAGAAUCAAUCUGUUUUUCAAUGUUAUUCCACAUUAUAAAAUGAGUUUUAUGAUCUGGCCAAGUUUCAGGCCGUUGGGAUGAGUUUUAAGGAAAAUAGAUUUUUUUGGGCCACCGGAAAGGAUAUUUUUGAAAUUUUUGAAUUUUUUUGGCUCAAAAAUCAAUAUUAAUCUUGAGUUAACUCUAAAUAAGGUAUAUCCUCCAAAUUUCCAACCUUCCGGACGUUUUUUGACCAAGUUACAGUGUUUCAAAGUGUUAUCACUUGACGGUUUGCGUACCCCCCGUACUCCCCCAAAAUCCGAAAAUCGAUCUGUUUUCAAUGUUAUUCCGCAUUAUAAAGUGAGUUUUAUGAUCUGGCCAAGUUUCAGGCCGUUGGGAUGAGUUUUAAGGAAAAUAGAUUUUGGGCCACCGGAAAGGGAUAUUUUGAAAUUUUGAAUUUUUUACUCAUCCCAACGGCCUGAAACUUGGCCAGAUCAUAAAACUCACUUUAUAAUGUGGAAUAACAUUGAAAAACAGAUCGAUUUUUCCGAUUUUGGGGAGUACGGGGGGUACGCAAACCGUCAAGUGAUAACGCUUUGAAACACUGUAACUUGGUCAAAAAACGUCCGGAGGCUGGAAACUUGAAGCAUAUACCUUAUUUAGGGUUAACUCAAAGUUGAUAACGAUUUUGAGCCAAAAAAUUGUAGAUUUCCAGAAAUCAUUUUCUUAUGGGGUCAGAAGUUGAUUAUUUUUUUUAAUUUUCCAAACGGCUCAAAAUUUGGUGAGCAUGUAUGUAUCAUCCAUUGGUACCAUUUAAACUAGAAUUCAGGUCGAUUUAUCAGCUCUGGAAUUUUUUAUAAGGCUAUUUCUACGAUUCCCCGCGAUUUUAUCUACCGUUCGGAGCUAGGCAAAAAGAUAGGCAACGAAUUUCCUACUAAAUGUACUUUGAAAAGCUCGAUAAAUAAUAUGGAUGCAUUUUCCGCGGCUUAGAAAGCCAUCUGAAUGAAUAGGGGGGCCCGAAAGUGAAAAACAGCCUGUUAGCCCACGUAUGGUCGGGGCGGGGGUCGAACUUGUGACCCUGUGGACCGUAGACAGGCACACAACCUGUUGCGCUACGGCGCGCCCCUCCACUUAAGUGACCACUUAAGAAAAAUAUAGUAUUUGGUUUCUUUCAAGUGGUCACUAAAGAAGUUAGCUUCACUUAAUUGACCACUUAAGAAAAAUAUAGUAUUUGGUUCCUUUCAAGUGUUCACUAAAGAAGUUAGCUUCACUUAAUUGACCACUUAAGAAAAAUAUAGUAUUUGGUUUCUUUCAAGUGUUCACUAAAGAGAAAAAGCUCCACUUAAGUGACCACUUAAGAAAAAUAUAGUAUUUGGUUCCUUUCAAGUGUUCACUAAAGAGAAAAAGCUCCACUUAAGUGACCACUUAAGAAAAAUAUAGUAUUUGGUUCCUUUCAAGUGGUCACUAAAGAAGUUAGCUUCACUUAAUUGACCACUUAAGAAAAAUAUAGUAUUUGGUUCCUUUCAAGUGUUCACUAAAAAGAAAAAGUUUCACUUAAGUGACCACUUAAGAAAAAUAUAGUAUUUGGUUCCUUUCAAGUGUUCACUAAAGAGAAAAGCUUUGCUCCAGUGAGCACUAGAGUACAGUUCCCAACGGAAAGGCGCUCCUUUAAGUGUUCACUAGAUAGGAAAAAGCUCGACUACUUACGAGAAUUGGAGUAGUAGGUAUUUUUCAAGUGGUCACUAAAGAGAAAAAGCCCUGCUCUAGUGACCACUAAAGCACAGUUCCAAACGGGAAAGGCGCUCCUUCUCAAGGGAUCACUAAAAAGGAAAAAGCUUCACUUGAGUGCCUACUUGUGAAAAAUGGUGUAGUCUGUUAGUUCAAGUGUUCACUAGAGUGAAAUAAGUUCAAUUCGUUGGACUAUUCACGCUUCUUCAGUGACCACUUGAAGAUACGCCGCAGAUUGAAGGAAAGCUCAUUUCUUCUUUGUAGAGUUAUUCUGAAUCUUCAGAAUCCUCCCGACGACGUUCAUGAUGACGAGGACGAAGAAGAAGGAGAAGAUUUGGAAGAAGACGUCGUUCGGUCGACGUUGGCAAAUUACAACGUAAGGCUGAAGCUGUGAGCCUGUGAUUGACUUGUCACCUCUCCCAAUUUUCCCAGACUUGAAAUAAUUGAGGGUCUGGAAAUUGUCAAAGCGUCAAGGAUUCAGGCGAUUCCAAUCCGUGUGAAAAUCGUCCUCGAAUCCGUGCUCCAGAAGAUGACGUCAUCAGAUGUUGAGAAGAUUCUCAGAGACGUCGGCUGGACCAAGGAUGACGUCAUUCGCGGAUACAAGGUAAAAAGGUGCUCUUAA